CAAUUAUGUUUUGCAGGUAUCUCGACCAAAGAUCUCUGCAUCUCGCAGACUGGUCUUGAAGACCAAAAUGCUAAAGAAGGCCAUGACUAUGCUGGAGGCCGAUAAGCAAAUCAAGAAAGAGGAGCGGGAGAGGACGCUGGCCGAGAGAGUGCCGUGUUUGGAGAUGUCAGGGAUGUCCACAGAAGAGCUGCAGAAUCUUUGCAAAGAGCUUCACAAGAAAAUCGACGUGGUCGACGAAGUUCGAUAUGACAUUGCUGCAAAGGUCACCAUCAAUGACCGGGAGAUUCAGGACUUGUCUCAGAAGAUCUUUGAGCUGAAGGGCAAGAUGAAGAGACCUAACCUCAGGCGGGUCAGGGUGUCAGCUGACGCCAUGUUGGGAGCUCUGCUGGGAGCAAAGGUCAAAGAGUCUGUGGACUUCAAGGCCAACCUGAAGACCGUAAAGAAAGAGGAGGAGAAGAAAGAAGAGGUGACUGACUGGCGUAAAAACGUGGAGUCCAUGUCUGGCAUGGAGGGCAGGAAGAAGCUUUUUGACGCUGGACAGUAGAUCUUUGGUGAUACGUUUGUAAAGACAAGCAACACUGGAACAGUGUGACUGAAGACCAUAGGUGUAUUCAACAGCUUGAUUUGAUACCUUACAUUGCACGUGUCCAUUCAUAUAGCACUUUAAGGUAUAUCAUAUAGAGUAGUGCAGGUAGUACUGAUGUAAUGCACCAUGGGAAAUAUGCUCACUUGACUGCAACAGAUCAGCAUAAAUGCUCCACAUUGUCCCACUAGCUAAGACUGGUUGUGCAUAUGUGGUAGUCAAUAAAAUAACUCACCUCACCAUUCAAUUUCUGGC